AUGUCAGUUUUUUCUGAUCUUGACACUCCACUCAUAGCCCUUGCAAGCCUGAGCAAACUACAAAAAGAAAAACUUGAAUUCAAUGGGUUAUAUCUACUCAAAGACUUAGUGGGUUUUCUCCCCGUGGAAUAUGAGGAACGAGGUGCUUUAAGUACCCUUGAUAGUAUAAAAGAUCCUAAUGCAUCUAUCCUUAUUGCAAUUACCGUGCAUGCACACAGUUAUCUUCGCUUCAAAAACAAAGGGGCAGUGCUAAAAGUUUGCUUUCAUGAUAGCAAGGAAAAUAUUGGAGAACUUCAUUGUUAUGGGAGAGAAUUUAUUAAAGAUGUGCUCCCUGUUGGUAGCCAGGCGUUGAUAUGGGGUAAAUUUACUCGACCGAAGUACAGAAACACGGUAUUAUCCUCUAGUAAAUUUGAAAUCAUUCGUGACAAGCGUAGAGUAUACAGUAUUGUUCCCCGCUACCGCACCCUCUCUAAGAUCUCUCAGACUACAUUUUAUUCACUUAUGCAAAAAACCAUGCUUAGUUGUGAUAUUGCCCCGCUGCACAAUUACACAGAGCAUGCCCCACACAGCUCCAUUACAAGAAAAGAAGCCAUACAGUGUGUGCAUUCCCCAUCUUCCCUGCAUGCUUUAGAACAAGCACGUGAGACAUUGGCGUUUGAUGAAACGUUACUAUUCCAACUUUCUCUUGCUCUUCAGGCCAACAAGACCAAAGAAAUUCGUACGAACAUAAGAAAGCAAAGACCUGCCCUUGUGCAGGAUCUACGCCAGGCGCUACCAUUUUCUCUUACGCAGAGUCAGGUAAGUGUUAUUGAUGAAAUACAUAACGAUUUAUUCUCACAAUACCCCAUGAGAAGAUUAUUGCAAGGGGAUGUGGGUUCGGGAAAAACCAUUGUUGCCUUUAUCACUGCUUUAUCUGUACUUGAAAACGACGAGCAGGUAAUCCUCGUAGUUCCAUCAGAGGCGCUAGCCCAGCAACAUUAUAGACGGAUAGCAGAGUACAUGCAACUUCUAACAGAAAAACUCCCCACUCUACGGCUUCAUUACGCCUUGCUUACUGGCUCUACAAGCAAAAAAGAACGUGAGCAGCUCUUCAAGCAGAUAGAAAAACAGGAAAUACAACUAGUCAUAGGAACACAUGCAUUGUAUUCAUCGCAUGUUGAGUAUAAAAAUCUUACAUAUAUCAUUAUUGACGAGCAACAUCGUUUUGGCGUAGAACAGAGAAAACUAUUGCUAAACAAAGGAAAGCACUGCGAUGUGCUCCUUAUGUCUGCUACCCCAAUCCCUCGCACUCUAGCACUUACCGUCUAUUCUGACCUACAUGUAAGUACGCUAAAAGAAAAACCAGGAAUACAACACCCUCCAAGAAAUAGAAUAAUCAGCUUGCAGAAAAGAGGGAAGAUGUACCCUCACAUUCUUCACUACUUACAAAAAGGAGAACAGGUAUUCUGUGUAUUCCCUCAAAUUGGUUCAUUAAAUGAAAAAAAGGAUAUAGUACAGAUGAGCUCCCUUCUUACCAUGUAUGAUGAGAUACAAAAACAACUCUCCCCUUAUUCUGUCGCUUUGCUGCAUUCCAAAAUUCCAUAUAAAGAACAGCUAGAGACAAUGAAGCUCUUUGAGCAGAAAAAAAUAUCCACCCUACUCUGCACCACAAUAGUAGAG